UGCCACACUAGACAAACACAUUUUUGUUUUGUUUAAUAUUUCUUAAUCAUUUUGCCAAUUUCCUUCACUUUAUAACUUAAAUAUGAGCUUGGCCAACAUAAAACAGAAAGAAACCAAGGGCAAGAAGAAAAUGCUGCCCAAAUUGCGAACUAUUCUGGCUAAUCCGUAUAAACAGCACAGUCCUGUUUUGUCGGAUGAGGAAGUCCAGCAGUUUUGUCAGAUUCUCCAAAGAGCCAGAGACAAAAGCGCGACAGAAACCAAAUCGUUUGCCACUCGAUUUGGUAUUCAUCUUGGCCUGGAAAGCUCCCUGCGUGCCAUAAAUUCCCAACGUUUUUCCUGCUUGCUGGUUUCCUUAAGCCUGCGACCAGCACAUCUCAUCCGUCUCAUAGCCACCAGUGCAUCCGUCAAGGUUCCCACGGCACCCGUCUAUGCACAGCCCAAAAUGGAGGAGCUUACUCAGGAAAUUUUUGGGGUAAGGGCUGUUUGCUUGGCCCUACCCUUGGAUUUGGGUUCCAUAAGUACGGAGCUCGAGCAAUGGGUUGCAGCCCGAAAGCGGACACCGCAACCAGCCAAAAAGAUAAUCCCAAAAAUCCACAAAAAAGCCAAGAAAGUGGCAAUAUAUACUCAACACAUCGAAGAGGAAGUGAAGAAACCCCUUCCCAUAGUUGAAAAAAAGGAUUGGGAUGAUGAUUUCAUAUCCUUCUCCGAAGACAAACCCUCUAUAAGGCUGGACCGCGAGGAUGUCCAGAUGGAGACCCAAAAACUGGGCAAUGCGCUCAGCAAUUUGGCCAUGAAAGCCAAAAGUAAAAAGGUGGAAGUGAGAAAAGAGGAAUCCCCCGUCUUGGAGCCCAUGGAGGUGGAUCACAUUGAAGAUUUAGUGGAGCCCGAUGAAGAUGAUUUUCUGCCUAAGAAUCUGCAGAACUAUCGACCCCUUACUGUCCACCAAGUACGCCCCAAUCCCGACAAGAAACCCAAAAAGAAGCGAAACAAAAAGUCGAAUCAGUUAACCAAAUCCUAG